GAAGCAGACUAAAACCGGAGAGCAUUUUCGCUUCACGGACUCAUGAAAUAAAUGCACGAGCAGUAUUGCACGCACCAACUUCUCGCAGCUUAGCUUGCAGGCACUUUGCGCUGCGUUCACUGACGCUGAGAGUCCAGAGUCGCGCUCCACCUCGGUCGGGUCUCGGCACCGAGAAAGACUGUUUUGACGGAAACCACGUGACCGUCUCCUUCUCGUAGGACGUCCCCUCCUGUCUCCUGAGUCCACAACAAACAAGAGUCACACCGAUAAGAAGGCUAAAAGUACCCCUUUCGUGGGCACUGACUCCUGGAACUUGACAACGUGACGGUGUUUGUAUCCACGGGGUGUUGUCACACAGCUCACUCCACGGGAGUCGGUGAUUAUUUUUUCCGUCAUUCGUCUUGGGAAAACUUCAUAUUAAGAUACUUAAGCUGAUGGGAUAUGAUGAUGGCUUCUACGUCAGCAUCGUCCAGAGGAACCAUGACGUCUGAGUCCGAGACCUCGACUCUCCAAGGCAUUGACGCCUUGAAGCUGAAGGUAGGGCCGGUGCGGAGAAACCUCUUCGGCCCUGUUGACCACCAGCAGCUCCAGCGGGACUUCCAGCAGCUGCUCCGCAUGAGCGUGGAGGUCGCCAACAAGCGCUGGAACUUUGACUUCCAGAGAGACAUGCCAGGAGAGGGCGUCAACGUGGAGUGGGUGGAGCUCGGGUGCCAGGACGUGCCGGCGUUUUACCGGACCUGCUUGGUGAGGCCCGGGGUGUUGGCCAGAAAAAUCACGAGGAGCACCUCAACGUCGUCCAUGGAGGAAGACAGCUCUCCUGUCUCUGAGAGCUCGUCUGGGGAAGAAUACCUGGAAGUGACCACUAGAGGGAGCUACCCAAUUCGGCGGCUGGGAAAACGCAGACAAUCUGCAAUCACAGAUUUCUUUAAGGUGAAGAAGAGGAAACCCAUGCCCAGCAAAGCUUCCUCUCAGCAGUAGAAAAGUUCAACAAUCAUCACUAAGUGGCCUCCAGCCCUCUACACUCAACAUGAUAUAGUUCAUAUGUACAUAUGUAGCAAUUUAUAACAGACUGUUUAUAAGCUUAUCCAAUGUUGGGCCUUAAAACUUCAGACGCCAACUCGCAUUUAACUUUCAGUACAAGGAAGCUACCUUUCUUUUUAUUCAGUCAAGCUCAGACUCUAGUUUUCAGUGGAUAAAUAUUUGAUAAAUAUAUAUAUAUAUGUACACACUGUAUAUUUUAUAUACUGUUUUAUUCAGCUUCUUUUAAUACUGUGAAAUAAUCUUAAAUGCACUCAUUCAGGAUACUAAAACAGCAAAAAGGAGGUUGACCUCAGCCCAUGACCCCCGUUUCUUUUUUUUUUUUUUCCUUUUGCUCCAAGUCAUUCCAGGUUUCUGAUCCGAGUGGUUACUGCCUCAGCACACUUAGCCUUUUGGAUUCACCCCGAGACUCUUAAAGCUGGAGUCGGAGCAGGGGUCAAAACCUCAGCCAGGGUUCAAAACGUGGCAGCACGACUGUCAUUAGCUCCAGGUCGGAGGUCGGCGGGUGCAGGCUAAGCAUUUUAAAUGCUGUACGACAGAGACUUCCAUUUUGAGUAUUAGGUAUUUUCUAUUUAUUUUUAAGAUCAUUGUCCAAGAUAAAAAUGAAAAAGAAAAAAGAUCAUGACUGUUCAUUGUGCAAAACGAGGUAAAAAUAAAUAACUCUCUGAACUGCAGUGCUUUGCAAUAGCGUUCAACAUAUUUCACUUACAACCUAAAACUUAAAUGUAUGCGACUGGGAAAAAUGGAAAAUGAUGCAGUCAGAAAUUACUUAAAAUAGUAAAAACUGUCUAAUGAUCUCAAGAAAACUCCAAAUUCAAAAUCUAUGAGUCCUUUGCGAGGUACUGCAUACUUUAACUCAAGAAGUCAUUUAAACGUCAGAAUAAUGUACAAAAGGUAAACUUCUAUUUUUGCUAAGUAAUAUUUGCAUUAUAGAGGCUUUUUGGAAACGUGAUGAUAAAUCCUGUUUGCUGUGAUUUAGUCAGCAUUUUGCUUGUAAUAUGUAGCAUUUUCCACUUUUUUUUUUUUUUUACUCAUUAAGGGAACGCAGCGUUUUCUGUUUUCAGAGCUCAGAGAAGUCAAAACUUUUUACUUCUGCUUUUGUUUUUUUUUUCCUUCGAAAGAGUUUUUAUAUGAAGAGUCCAGCUCGCCUGUUCUUUUGCAAUCCAGUUCCUCGAUUCUGCAUGCAUGCGAGGGGUUUGUGACGCAAGUUGUUAAAAGAUCGACCAAAGCAAUCGAUAUGUUGGCAACUAAGAGCUACAGAUCCCAAACUAGUUCACUUUAAAUUGCUUAAGGGGCUUUAAAAUACCAAAUUGCAUCUGUUUCAGUUUUUCUAGAGCCUAGACUUAAAACUACUGACAGCAAAGUCAAAUCAAAUGAAUUUCCAAUAAUUUGUCACCAUUUUUUUUUUACCAUUUUGUUGUAAAAUGUCUUUAAAAUCUAGAUACUCCUGAAAAAAAAACAGGUUUAAUGCAGACAUGCCCCUGAAGGCAUCACAUUAGACCACAGAUGCAAGUUGUUUUGAUUACGCUGUAUUGUAUUAUAUUCUUUCAUCUAUUCCUGUGUUUUCAUGUCUUGUGCCCCUUGUGAUGUCAUUCAAACACAAAGCAGGAUUAGCAGUUCUAGUGAACAUUAGUGGGGGAAAAAAAACUUCACACCACUGGAUUGUUUCUUCAACAGGAUAUUGCAGCACUAAUUAAAAAUAAAUAGCCAUAUGCUGGAUUUAUCCUCUAUUACUACCUCAAUAAGGUUGUUCAACAAUACAGAGACAAGGUAAAAAGCUGAGUUUGUUUGUGUUUGGCAGCCAUGAAAGCGAAGACUAAAGAUUAAGUCGUGCUCUGUUGUGGUGAAAAAGCAUCAGGUAAAAGAGUCAGUGUGUCAGAACACGGGGUGGGCGGGUGGGUUUGACUGCUUUCGUUUUGCUUCACUUUUCGUGUGACUGCUUUCCCAGAAUAGAUCGAGCGAGUGGAGCAGCAUUGAGGGGGGAGGGAGUGGGUUAAAAAAUACAGACCGUCCUGAGAAAAUGUCACACCUAGACCCCUAAAUCUCCAUCAAAGGAUUUUUCCAUCCUUUGAGUUUUCAAACAGCAAGGACAUAAUUCAAAGUUUCUUAUCUUUUUUUCCCCUAACUAUAAAGUCAGAUUACUUUAAAAAAAAA